ACUAUUCUUCAUCCAAAAUGCCCAAGCCCGCCAACAUGAGUAAAUGGAAACUAACAAUCAGCUUCAACCGCUACGCCGCUAUUGCUGGCCGUAUUCUCCGUCAGGCCCUCAAGGAGGACAAGCGUGCCGCUGCUGUCCGUCAGGAUACUCUGGAGGUCCGUUUCGCCAAGUGGGAUAAUGGCAAGCAGUCCGAGCCCGAGCCUCUCAAGGUCUCUGCCAACAAAUAA